CAGGCAAAUUUGUGUGUGUGUGUGCGUGUGUGUGGUUUAAGUGUUAGUUGUUUUUGAUAUUUUAAAAAAGUGUUUAGGCUGCUUGUGGAAGUCAGACCAAAUGGCAGGAAGGCAUUGCAGCAAGGUGGAUUUGGGAAAGGACAAAUCUCAUGGGAGGAACCAUCUGACACCUGAUCUUCAUCAAGAAGAGAACGCUGCUCCAGAAGUCAUUGGAAAUUGGAGUUUGCGAAACAGAGAACAACUCAGAAAAAGAAAAGCUGAAUUACAAGAAAAUCAAACUUCACAAUGGCUCUCUGGAGAACAGAAAAAACGCAAAUAUCAGAGAACAGGAAAAAGAAAUCAAAGAAGCAGAAAGAGAAAACAAAAUACAGAACUGAAAAUGGAACCUCAGUCGCCAAUAGAAAAGGAAAUUAUGGAACAAGCACUGGCACCUACAGAGAAAGAAGCCGAGCUACCGGAAAGUGUAACUGAAGCCCUUCCUUUGGUAGCCUCCCCACGAGAAGUUGUGCCCAAAGAACAUUUUUCUGAAAUACAUCAAGGAAGCAUUACACAUCAGGAAAAUUCUUCUGAGUACCAAGAAACAGUAGUACAAAACAAUUCUUCUGAAACAUGCCAACAUAUGGCUGAACCUGAAGACCUUGCUCCCGAAAUGUGCCAGGAAAUAGCUGUACUUCAAGACCAUCCUGUCAAAACGUGCCAGGAUACAGCUGGGCCUGGAGACCUCACUCCUAAAAUGUGCCAGGAAAUAGCUGUACUUCAAGAUCAUCCUCUCAAAACGUGCCAGGAUACAACUGAACUUCAAGACUUCACUCCUUUAAUGUUCCAAGAAAUAGCUGUACUCAAAGCUCUUCCUCGUACAACCUCUGAAGACACAGCUGACCUGGAAGGAUGCGCUCCUAAGGCAUCCCCCAAACUAGAUGUGCCUGAAGGCUAUGCUCUCGAUGCAUACCAAAAAACAGAAGCACCAGAAGAAUACAAUGCUGAAUCAGACCAACAAAUAGCUGAGAAUGAAGGCUUCUUUCCGAAAACACAAGAAAUAGCUGUGCCCAAAGACCUCUCUACAAAAACAUACCCAGAAACAGUUGAACCCGAACACUCUUCUCAUAAAACAUAUAAAGAAAUUGCUGUGUACAAAGCCCUCUCUCAUAAGACAAUCCAAGAAACACCUCAGCCUGAAGAAUAUUCACCUGCGACCUAUCAAGAAACACCUGGGCCUGGAAAAUAUUCACCUAAAAUAUACCAAGAAACACCCACACUCAAAGAAUAUUCACCUGGAAUAAAGCAAGAAACGCUGGAGCCUGAAGACCUCUCCUCUAAGACAUGUGAAAAUAAGGAUAGGCCUAAAGAAUGCCUUCCAGAACCACAGCAAGAAAUAGGUGCACUCCAACGCCGGGAUCCUAAAGUACACCGGGAAGAUGCUAAGGCUGUUUAUGGGUUUUCUCAAGAAAUAAAAGAAAAACUCAAAGCAGAAGAACCAGAAAUACCAGCAAUUAUAAACAUUCCUCAAGAGAUUCCUCCUGAAAAUGAUGUCUACAGUUUUGUUUUCUUUUAACAAUGCUCAACCAUAAAAUUGUAGUCCAGUGGAAUAUACAUAUUAGUAUUUGUGUGAUUUUUCUUAAAAUAUUGUAGAAAUAUUUACAGUGUUCAUUAAUAUUUUAGCUUAGCUUUUUCUUCCACUUAUAAAUCAUAUCUGAAAAAAAGAAUUAACAUUUUUUUAGGCCCUACUGUAUAAACAAUAUCCUCCGUGUGUGUGUGUGUGUGUGUGUUUGGUGGGGGGAGAAUAGCAGAAGGAAGAGACAAACAAGGGGAAAGACGAAAUAAUUGAUUUUCUCCCUAAGAACAGACAUUUGAUUAAUUCUUAAGAACAGACUAAGUGCGCCGGCCCCAUAUACCGGAGGUGGCGGGUUCAAACCCGGCCUCAGCCAAAAACUGCAAAAAAAAAGAACAGGUUAAGCGAUUAAGUUUGAACACUUAAAAAAAAAAAAAGUCUGAACACUUAACAUUUUGAGGAAUACAGGCAGUCCCUGGGUUAUAAAUGAGAUAAAUUCUGUAGGUUUGUUCUUAAGCUUUAAUUUGUAUGUAAGUUGGAACAGGCACAUUUACCUAUUACCCAUAAUAACCUCCAUUUGUAAGUAUGAGUCACAGCUCAGUUGGACGUUUGUAGCUCAGGGACUUAAUGAUAGCCUCCAUUUAUAAGUAGGAGUUGUGUGUAAGUUGGAUGUUUAUAACUCAGGAACUGCCUGUAUAUAAUUUUCUUGUAAAUGUUGUUCAAUUCUUAACGUAACAGUAGCAUCAACAUUUUAUUCAGACUUCAGUUGGUUCUUCAGUUAAUUUUAGUAAUACUUAUUCUGGGACACCUUAAAGAUAUUUUGGAGUAAUGAAUAUAUCUUACUUUUGUAUCUGAAUUUUGGUUUGUCUAUUAUUACUUUUUAAAUAUUGCAUUUGUGCAAAAUGUACAUUAAAUCAUUAUUAUACUCUUACCUGUGUAAGGUGGCAUCAUGUUAAAUAAACACUGUGAAAGUUAGAGGACCGAUUUAACACAUAGUUCUUGCCCACCAGGGGUUUAAUCUAGUCAUGGAGGAAUAAA